GCGCAGCCACCAAGUGCGCGCGCAACCGUCUCGCGCGCGAACGUUUUUCAAACGCCUGCUCGACCCGCCGAAUUAAGAAAUACAUAGUGCAUCUGUGUAAAUAAAUAAAAAAAUAUUUUAUCUGUGAUUAGUUUAAAAAAAGUGGGUUUUAGUGUUGUGCCAUUGAGUUCAAGGAUAAUCGAUACGUAAAGUGGCGGCAAGAUGACGACGAAAUCGUACAGCAAGCACAAGGAGUUUAAAGAGUUCUCCAGCAGCAGCGGCGGCAACGCGCCCUUCGCGGGGGAACAAUUCGACAUGCUGAAAUCCGAACUGAUCCCGGCGAACAGCAAGCUCAACAACAUCGGCAAUGGCGGUCACCGCGAAUACCACUACGAGUACCGCGAGGAGAAGCUGCCGCACGGGAAGUACGACCGCAAGGAUCUGCACACCGUCGAGGAGUACACAAUACCACCAAAAACGCUGCCGAAGUCUGACGCCAGCUCGUAUUACUACGAGCGCGAGGAGCGUGACCUCCCCGCCAUCACCUCCGGCACCAGGACAUACAACUACGAAUCUAACACCAGUUCCUCGCCAGCUUACUCAAAGGUGAAGAGCAGCAAGGUAACCAAAGACCUGUCGCACAACGUGGAAGAGCUGGACUCGCUCCUCGACGAUCUGCAGAAGGACCAGGAGCGACAGCUGUAUAAGAGUGGCUACACUUCUGACACAGCUGAGAGCACAUCAUUCGACUAUAAGCGAGGCACCCCAGUGAAGGCUCCAUCCAGCGGCUACUCGACCCUCAAGCGCGAGGAACGUGUGGAAUCAUCCUCGUGGGGCUCCAGCCCUCCGCCCCCCACCACCACCCGCGCGGCGGAGAUCAGGCAGGAGAUGUACCGUGAGGAGAAGACAGAGUCCCGUGUGGUGCCGCAAGUGGUGCCGGCGCCGGCGCCUGCUCCCAUUCAGACCUGCACGCACUGCCACCACCAGACCAGCUCCACGGGCACUCUGUCCCGCUCCAGCACGCCCAUGAACAAGGUGACGACAACAGUGAAGACGUACACGUACGAGGUGCCCGCCGACCAGGACCCCACCACCGUGCCCAUCCCCACUCACGAUUCACACACUUAUGUUGGCGACACUGAAAAUGUUCGCACACUGAGCCGAACGACGACGGCCGGUGCCCCGGCGGCGCCCCCUCCCGGCGGCUGCCAGUACUGCCAGCACUGCAACACCAGCACCAGAGUGCGCCGCGACCAAUAUUCCGCCACUGACGUAUCUGAGCACACGACGGAGCGCAUGGUGUACCCGUCUCCAGCCAACGAAGUGAAGCUGCUGCCUUCAAAUCCCCCCGCUCCCGUCACCACGCAUCUGACGCCUGAGCGCAAUGGACACGGCCCUUAUGGUCCAUCGACGUACAAGUACAGCGAGACGACGUACUCGCGGCACGACACGACUGAGCGCGCGACCCCGUCCCCGUUCCCGCGCCCCAGCACGCCCUCGCAGCGCGACCAGCAGCCGCCCAAGCGGCUGGACGACCUGCUGGCUGACUUCCCUGAAGCGAGAUUCCCAGUCUCGCAGCCCGAUGGUGUGGUGCGUCGUAAAGUUGAAGUCUCCCACGAAACCCGUCAGGCUUCCUCACCGCCUCCUACACCUACUGCGAAGGCCCCAGCGGUGGGAAGCAAGAACGUCGCCGGCCCGGCCGUGUACUACCCACCUGGACACACGCCGUUCGCUAAGAAGGAUGCUCCUAUUGCUUAUACGGCUGGUGGAAGCGCUUCAGCGGCUCAAGGCGGCGGCGCGUACGCGUCCGGCCGUGGCAUGUAUGAGUACGAAAGCGGCUCGCGCAGCAAGGAGAAGCACUCUGAGAAGAAGACCGCCGUGCCCAUCUGUCUGCCGCUAUGCUGUGCCAUGCCGUGCGUCAUUAUGUAAAAUGUAAACUAGGCGUAAAUCUGUCCAAUGGUAUCCAGGUUUCAAAUGAUAAUAAACUCUAGCCGCCCAUAAAUAAAAAAAUUACAAAUAAAUGCAAUGUUUAUCUUUCAAUAUAAAGAUUUAAAAUAUUUUCUAUGGAAUUAAAAUCAUUUUUAGGCCUAUGGACGGCUACAGUUUAAAAGUGCGUCCAGAUCUGGAGAUAUGGAAGGUAGACAUUAGAGAACUUAGAGGAUCAUUCUUUGUCUACAGCUCUUAUAUUACUAAUAACUGGUAUUGUUAAUUUUCACAUUUAGUAUUUUGUAUGUCAGUUUGACCUUAAAUAUUAUUUUGUGAAUGACCAGUUGAACGAUGUCGUUUGGAAUCUUGGAUGUCAUUUGGAAUCUUGAAUACCAUUUGGAUUUAUAGUAUGUAAGUAAGUACGUGCCGUCGACAUGAUCAAGAAUUUAAUGGGGUAUAUUUUUGAUGCCAGAUGUCAUCAUAGAUAUGUGAAUUUUGCUAAGAAUUUUUGUUGUAUGAAAGUUGUAUGUAAUUGACAAGUUAGUUUGUACGUUCUAAAAUAUAACUUGCCGAUGUAUUUAAUGGAAAUAACAAAAUAUUAAUUAUUUCUUAACUGCCAUUGACUUUUAGUUUCCCAAAAAAGUGCUAAAUUUUUGAAACGUCAUUUUGUAAUUGUAAUUUAAAUGUAUAAUAUAAAUUAAGUCUGUAUACUUCUCAAGGAGAUAGUAUAUAAGAGCUUGCAAGUUGAGUCAGACAUCUGUAAUUUAAAAAAUAUCUAACUUGCAAGUAACAUAAAUAACAUUGAAUCUCAAGUCGAUUUUUAUAAAAUAGAAUAUUUAAUGUAAACUCGAAACAUUGCGACUAACAAAGUGCCAUUACUGAUAUUUUAAAUAUAAGUGUCAAUUACAAAUGUAUAAAUGAAGUGUAAUUUUAUUAAUAAUAAAUUUUAUUAACGGAA